UCGUGGACUUGUAAAUAUCGUUAAGACAUGUGAACAAAAAGUUACUUCGUCUUACCGUUCUUAUCAACUUCAUCGUCAAUAAUGUAGUUCUUUAGUUUGUGUCUCAGUCGGGUAGCGCGCUCACUACUACACUGUAGCUGUAGCAGACAGCAGUAAAGUUGCAGUUGGCGUCAGCGUCAGUGUAGUGUUGGUUGUCCGUGGUUAAUUGUAGUGUCGUCUGUUGUAUAACCCGCUCUGCCGCUUCGCCUGCUUGUUAUUUUUAUUAACUUAAUAGGUUAGCAGGUUAUUAUAAUGAGUUUUACCCAUUUAUUGCAUACCUCAACAGUUUAGUAAAUUGUGCAAUUAUUCUGACAGUCAAUUUAAUUUUUAUAUUAAGUGGACACACAACAUUUAGAUACAAAGAAAAAGGUUAAGAAAUUAAAUUGAAUAGCGAGAUUGUUGAAACUAAUAAGUGUGCUUGUAAUCUACUAUCGGUUAGAUAUUGUGAUUUUAUCAUUUUAAUCGACUUAGCUCUUGGUUAAAAAUCCAAAAUGGCAAUAAAAAUAGUAUCCUCAAGAUUUUUUGUUUCAUGUGGGAAGUACUCAAGAUUUUCUAUUCAUAGAUUACCAGCCACACAAUCUCAUCCUGGGCAAAUUCUGAAGUGCAUAAAUAAUUCAGUAAAUUUGAAAAGGCAAUUUUCGGUGUCUAAUAAUCCUCUGAGAAUGCGUUUUGUACAAUUCAGAUGUCUUAAAGGAGGUCCUCAAAGGUUAGGAGUGCAACUUACUCAGGAGGGGGAUGUUAUUGACAUAAGUGCUGUUGAUUCUUCAAUUCCUAACAACUUAGUUCAGUUCCUGGAAAAUGGACCAUCACUUUUAGAGAAAGCCAAAAGGAUUGUUGGGGAAGGAAAGUCAACUAACCAACUGUCUGAGGUGGAGUUGCUUGCUCCGGUUACACGACCAGACAAGAUACUCUGUGUAGGACUUAACUAUAAAGCACACUGUGAUGAACAAAAGAAGCCCUAUCCAGUUGAACCUUUCUUCUUCAACAAGUUCCCUAGCACCAUUGUCAGUCCUAAUGGCAAGGUCACACAUCCUCCAAAUACCAAGAAACUGGACUGGGAAGUAGAGCUUACUGUAGUGAUCGGGCAAAAGUGCCGCAAUGUCCAGGCAAGUGAUGCACUUAAGUACGUGUUCGGCUAUACCAUCGCCCAGGAUAUCUCAGCAAGGGACUGGCAGACACCCAAGAAGAACAAUGGCCAGUGGUUAUUUGCCAAAAGCAUGGACACUUUCUGUCCACUGGGCCCUGCAGUGGUUGUCAAGGAAGCGUUUGGAGCUCCCAAUGACAAAACUAUCAAGUGCUCCAUCAAUGGGAGUGUCAAGCAGAAUUCCAACACCAAUGAUCUUAUCCAUUCUGUGGAGGAUCUCAUAGCCUACUUGUCUCACUGUGUGACACUGUUGCCAGGAGAUCUGAUAUUGACAGGAACACCUGGAGGUGUGGGGCUCUACAGCAACCCUCAGCAAUUUUUGGCGCCUGGAGAUGUGAUUGAGAGUGAGAUAAGCGGAAUAGGAAAGCUGAUCAGCCAUGUUGUGUAAACUUCAUCACACCAUGAGAACUUGCUGUCGUAGGAUCAUAUAUCUUUGAGUUUAUAGCAUAAUGUGUGCAAAAUAUGUUGUUAAAAUAAGAACUGCCUGUAUUGCUGCUACGCCUGAAUUCAAAAGCACAAUUAGGGCUUUGAGAUGUAUAGAAGCAUUUGAUUAGUUGGGCAGUGUAUGAUUCAAAUACUGUAUUGAAAUUUUAUGAACAUUUUGCACAGUGUUAAUAAAUUUUAAUAAAACUAGAUAAAAAAAAACAACUGCUCAUCAAGUUUUCAACAUUCGUGAAAGCAGUUUUACUGUAGACAAUUUUAUUUCAUUAACAAUAAAUUUCUGUUAAACAACAUAUUAGGAAAUAAUGCGAAACAGAAUGUAUUUUCUGGACAGCUUUGAAUAAUAAAUUAUGACUAUUACAAAUCGUAACAUUUUUAAAUUUAAGAAAUGUAAUAUACAAUGAUACAUUAAUCAUUGAUUACGUGCAAUAGUUUUGAUGCUUAUUUAUAUAAAAUCGUGUAUAUAUGUAUUAUGUUUCUAUAAAUAAUUGAUUUAACUUAUAUGCAUUUAUUUUCAUUUGUAUGCAUGGUUUUAUAAACUGCAUUUUUCUGCUCCUAGUAAUGAUUUAUAAAUUAGAUUAUUGAAGAAAACAGCACUUUUACGUAUUUAAGCAUCACGUUUUGUUAUGAAGCAAUCACAUUUGUUAUAAAAAUAGUUUUUCUUAUGUUGUGUACCAGAUGUGAAAAAUAUAAACUGAAUUAAAGUGGUAACUAGCAAAAUAAUAGUUUUCGUUACAUUGCAAUUAUUUCAUUCUCGGUGCUAUUGUUGUAUUUUUGAAUGUACCAUAAUUAUUGCUUAUGUUAUCAAUCUGUUAUAUAGUCACCAUAAAAUUUACCUACUAGAUAUACUUUGUUACACUUUUGAGUGUCAUGGUUAUCAACGUGUUCCUCAAAAGGAGUAAUAAUAUUGGAAUAGGCUCCAGACUAAGGUGAUAGAUACCCUAGCCAAAUGGUCUACUGGCACUCUUUGCUCACAUAUGUAUUUAAAAAAAAUAUUAACUGUAUUGUAUAACAGGAAAAAAAGGGAAGCAGGUCGUUCAUACAAGAUAAUGUAGCUAUUUAGUGGUACAUUAUUCACUUUAUUCAUUAUUCAUUAAUAAAUGUGCCAUAUAAUUUACUACAUUUUUUUUCUUAUUUCACAAAUUGUUGUAAACAAAAUAUGUUUUAGAAACUGGCUGACUCUUUGAACAAGAUGCAUUUAAAUUAUGAUAAUAAUUGUAUUUGUUUUUUAUUUUAUACAAGUUCCUGGCUUUGAAUCCUAAUGUUCAAGAAAAUAUGUUCCUACACAAAUUUAUUACACUAAUUAAAAAGUUAUUUAACAAAGGCUGGAUAUUCAUGGACAAUUGUGAAUUAUUUCUUAACCCUCACAAUGUAUUUCUAAAUAUGUAUUUGUAAAUAUUAAUACAAUGUUCAUUAAAUUUUAAUACACUUUUCUCAUAUGCAAGUUCAUUACACAAAACAGCAAAUAUUUUAUUUGAAUCAUUAUAAAUUACUAACACUUUUCAAAUGCACGACUGAAAAAUGUCUUCCAUAUUGUCUUAGUUAAUAAUGUAGAUUUAUCAUAAAUAUUAUAGUAAUACCUCUAUGUUAAAAAUUGUGAUUUCUUUCUCUGCUUAAGUUAAGUGUAAGUAUUCAACUUUGAUUAUACCUGUAGUCUUUUAAUGGUGCAAUACAACUACCAAAAUAUAUAAAAGUAGAAACAUAUGGCCAUGAGUGACUUAACUAGAACUUGUAAAUUUGUCAAUGUGCAUUUAUUCACAUUUUGUUAAAAUAAACAUUCCAAAGUGA